GCUCGGCGAUGAUAGCAACGCGAGCCGCCUCAUCAUCGCGAACGUACUCCACGAAGACAGCCUACCCAUCACGACGCAGCGAACUCACAUCCCCUCCUCAACGCACAUACUACCGGGAGGGCAGAUAGAGCCUUCGUCACAGCCCGCCACAAUGAAGCCCGUUGUAAGUGCCAUGCAAGCAUGGCAAUGCACUGUCAUCUCCGUCUUCGGCAUUGUAAUCUUGGGAGUUCUCGGAAUUCUGUUCAGCCAGAAUCACCCCGAGCUCGUUGGCGGUGAUGAGGACCCGAAAGAUGGCAGCGCCGUCGCAGGUACCAUCUUCAUCUCUGUGCUGAUCUACAUCGGCUUCUUCGUUUUCUGCGGUCUGCAAGGCCUACUUCACAUUCGCGAGAACCGACGAGGCGCGAUCGCAUUGUAACGAUAUAACAGAAGGGAGGAGGAAUGCAUGGCAUCAAAAGACAUCACGGUUCUCUGGCGUUCGGCAUCAUGUUGUUUUUUUCCGCGGGUCAACUCGAGUCCACAUUUGACUGAGACGGUCUUCCGCGUCUGACAGGGGUAGCAUUAUCCAGGAGAAGCCGGCCGAGACUGCACUUGGGGCAGGGCAUGCCGCAAUAUCGAGUGACAGCAUUGGCUUCGAUGUACGAAAGACUUGUUUUAGAGGCUUGCGAGGAGUUGAGUACAUAAUAAGCAGGCACAAAUUCUUGAGGACGGGGUGCACACAGCAAGAGCAGCCGACAUCAUCAUGCCGCAGACGGUGAGACCAAUGACAUCCUGGGCAUUUUCGUCAUAGGCUUGAGCCGUGGACCGAAUGCUCGCGCAGGAGACUGUCCAGCCCUAGGCCUCUUCGCCUAGCUGCAAUAUAUCAACCUCCAACAUCCCAAGUAGUGCCACAAUGGCAAAACGAUCUCUU